AUGCAAACAUGGGGUUUUGAUGUCUGCUGCGAUGGGAUCACGCUCACAAGAGAGCACAUGGAGAGGAAGAGGCAGGAAGAGCUGCAGCGACAGCAGCUCGAGAAGCUGCUCAGCAUGGAGAGGCCACCCAUGGGGCCGGCGAUGGACGGCGUGCUAUGGAGCCGAUGCCAGCCUUCUGAGAUGUGCGAUAUGCCUGUUCUUAGCAUCUUGAAGCUUGAGCUGAGGCAGGGGAUGGACAUCCAAGAUGCUACGGGUGCGCUUUGCAAGCUUUGGGCCGCCGUGUUGCGAUACAUUCGCUCCAUGCCCGGCUGUGUUUUCUUGCGGUGGGGAGUCACGCGACCCGACGGCAAUACCAUCUUUUGCUUCAUUCAAUGGAAGAGCAGCGCUGCAUGGCACGAGUUUCAGAAAUCGCCUGGGUUUCAACCCAUGACUGCUUUUCUUGCCUCUAACGUCUGGAAUCGACACGUCAAGCUGGGCGCGCCUGCCAUUGCUGCUGCUACCCAGUGGACACGGGUGGUCACGAUCUCGUUUGACGCCUUUGUGGAUGGCGACGAGAAGAAAGAAUUUCACCAGGAAUUCUGCUCGCGCUUCGAUUCCACGAGCCUCUGCUCUGGCUGGCUAGAGCACAACGCCGUCGUCUUCGCCGAGCAUACGGAAGCGCAGGCCGCUACGGCGCGAACCCCGACCAUUUUCUUCAGUCUUUUGGAUAAGAACGGAAGCAGCCCUGAGCAUUUUAGAGAUGAUGUGGAUUUUGCAACAAUAUCGGGGAUCGAACGAGAGACUCACUCGCACUUGAUUCGUUUUACCGAGGACGCGGCGACAGCUGGGCCGGUGGUGCCGCUGCACAACUCGCCUGGCGACACAAUUGCAUGGAUUUGCGACACAGAUUUGCUUCAACAUACUGCAGCGGCAAUAGCGCUUCCAUCUUCCGAAAAUACACAGAAUACAAGGUUUCCAGGCCCGCGAGCAAGUGAGUGCAGUCAAGGGGACCUGAACGAGGAUGGGGAGCUUCCGGAGCUACCCGCUCUCAGCCCUCCUCCACACAACAGUCUGCUGAAAGUUGCCUGGAUACGCUUGCACGAGAUCUCAUCUGCGGAGGCUGUUCAUGAAGCGUUGCAUCAUCCGCUGUCAAAGUUAAAGGGGUACCAGAUGGGGACGUGGGCGCUGGACCAUGAGCGGGACUUGGUCGUGGCCAUCAUCACCAUGUGGCGUUUUGACGAGGACGAGGCAUCCAGAGAGCGCUACCAUGCCACGCUCAAGUCGUUGGUUCGAGCAUCGCCGCAAGUCGACCAAACGUGGGUGCUUGAACAUCGUUCGAUGCCUGCCUCCGUUUGGAUGCACGAGUAUACAUGCAUGGAAAUCAACACCUUCCAUGUGCCGAAUGACCCCGGAUACCAAGGUCUCUUUACAAGCGCAGUAUCGCGGUGGAAAAGUUCCAUGGUAGCAAACCGGCAACGCAGCCAGCACAACGCAGGGGCUUGUGACGAGGAGGCUGUCGGGGGCUGGGAUCCCGCCGUGGACGAGAACGAGAUGCUCCGGUACACGUGCGUCGUGCGAUGGGAAAGCCCGACUGCUCGGAGGGAGUGGUAUGCGAGGCUGUACGAUGCGCCGUACGCGUCCUUUGGUCUGAACCUGGACGCGCUGAAGAUUGGCGCGUCUGGUGGCAUACAAACUCAGCUGCUGCAGUUCCAGAGCAAUUAUCAAAUGGCUGAGGACAGCGGCGCGGGUGUUUUCCUCGGAGAGUUGAUGAAUGCACUGCCACUGGGUCAUUCCAUCAGCGCCCGUUCGCCCGUACCUGCUGCGACUCACACGACUGCGCGGCUCGCGUCUCGCUGCGCGCCGCCCCGAAUGCAGUUCUUCUUCCCCAGGGCAGACGCCAGUCUCUUGACGCCAUCGCCAGACGCCAUAGCCGACGUUCCUCCCCCGCGGCCCACGACCGUCGGCCCGGUCUUCGAUGCCGAGAAUGUGGGGCGCCCGGUCGAGCCGUGGGUGCCGGAGCUGGCGAAAUGCAUCUACCCGCCCAAGCUGGAUCCGUACGCGGUGUCGUCGGUGCCGGAAGAGACGGCGGUGCCCCUCGACUGCCGCUACCUACGGGCUCGUCUAGCCAAGAACGAGCGAUUAAGGCUCUCCAUGCUGUGGUACUAUGGGCGGCACCUCGAGGAAGAGCCGGAGCUGCUCGCCGGCCUCCAGGAAAAGGCAUGCCUCGCGCAGGAGUCGUCAGGGUGGGAGUUUGCCGUCAUCGGAUUGCUCGAUGUCAACGUCUACGUUCGCCUGGUGACGGUCGGUGGUCUCGAGUUGGGCAUCUUACCCCGCGGCGAGACCAUCUGCGCGCACACUGUCACACAACCGCCUGGCAGCGUCUUCCUCCUUCCAAGUCUUCAAGAGGACUGGCGGUUCCGCGACUGCCCCUACGCCGAGAAAGGCGGGCUGGCAGCUUACGCUGGCAUCCCCCUUCGAAUGCAGCACGAGUCCGGCGAGUGCGUCGGACUGGGUUCGAUCUGCGUCGCCUCGGCCACGAGCCAGCCUCCAUUAUCGCAGCAACAGCAGCAGACGCUCACGCGGCUCGCCGACUGGGUCGUGGCGGACAUUGUGCAGUGCACACGCACGCAGCGCCAACGGGAGCGCCGUCGCCUUGCCGAACUCGUUGAAAGUGUCGAGAAUGGAAGCGGUUUCCAGGAUUCUCACGCAGCGGUGCUAGGGAUUCUCCAAGAUGCCUAUCCAGGAGAGGUCAUCCGUAUACAGCCAUCCGACGCAGAUCGCUGCGACGUCAACUGGCCGGAGGUCCUGCCACCAGGUCUCAAGAACGGUCUGUGGGAAGACACCGCCUACAUUGACGAGAUCAUCGCCACGUCGAACCAAAACGAGACUCCCACAGACAGGGUAGUGCGUCUCAUGUCCUCGCAAUGCGACACGGAGCUGGGCCAUUCACUGCUCGUUGUUGGCACCAAAGAUUUCCGACGCAUUUUUGACGAUGUCGACGCUUGGUUCAUACAGACUUGCGCAAAUCUAGCAACUCGAGUAUGGCAAAAGCGCCUCCUAACCGAAGCCAUCAAAGCGAAAGAAAAUUUUCUUCGAGGUGUAUCGCACCAAUUAAGAACCCCGAUUCAUGGGAUUCUCGGUGCCGCCGAGCUGUUGUCCGAGGAAUUAAGGGCCAUUUCGUUAUCUGAGAUGUCGAGGUCAGCAUUAAUAGAUGCGGAGAGUGCCCCCAUUGCGGGAAAAACGUCACUUUAUCUCGACACAAUCUCCGGAGCUGGCCGAGAACUCAUGUCGACCGUUAACAGCAUGAUCACAUUGAAUAGAUGGGCUGACAUUGCACUGGCGGAAAGACGGUACGCCAUGCACGACGUUGGCGAUUUGGAAGGGGCGCUAUUGAAGCAGGUGUUGGAAGCGUCCGUCAGCCAAACAGGAAUGAAUGCCUCCGUAUUCUGCCACUGUGAGGUCCCAACCGGUAAGCUCCUGACGGACAUGAACCUGUUGCGAGAUUCCAUCUGGCCUCUGGUCCAUAAUGCAAUCCAAAACACACCCGAGGGAGUUGUCACAAUCAAAUUCUCGAUGCGGCCGGGCACAGAGACAUUCAUGGUCGAUGUGGAGGAUACAGGGCGUGGCAUUCCCCCGCAGGACCAAGAGCGCGUCUUUCAGCUCUAUGAAAAGGUCGAUGAGCAUUCGACAGGCGCCGGACUGGGAUUGACAAUUGCCGUCAAGUUUGCUGCGCUGCUGCAUGGCUCGGUCGAGCUCGUCUCGUCGCGGGUCGGCCACGGUACGCACUUCCGAGCGACAUUCGACGACAUGAUUCAUGCAGUCUCUGCCAACCCUCCGGUCGCAGCACCAGCAGCUUCAUUCAAGCAUUUACCGCCAAAUUACGACAAUCUGGACAAGAACUCGUCUUGCCGUACUCUGUCUUCAAAUUUUGCCGAGUUUCUAACCCGCAUGGGCUUCGCGUCGGAUCGCUCUGCGGAUUGUUUCACGAUAUUCGAGUACAGCAGCGACAUAGAGAAACUUCGUGCCAGGACGGCAGUGCUCCUAGAGCAGGUUGCGAUCUGUUUAGUGCCACAGUCGGUCGACGCCGGGUCCCUUGAAAGCCUGCCCAGAGUCGUUUACGCGACACCGCCAUUUUCGAGCUUGCGGCUUGUCAGUGCGCUUCAGAUGGCCGAUGAGAUGAGCGCGAUGUUGCGCUCGUCAAAAGCCGUCGAAACUGAUCCUGUCAAUGAGAAGAAAGGUCUUGGCGGUCUUGCUUCACCGUCCACUAUAGAUGAAGGCUACAACUCCAUGGAUGGGUCAUCGCCACUACCUCGGAGUGACCAGUCCAGCCAGGUCGAGCUUGGCAGAGAAACGUCGAAUUCGUUCUUUUCGCCCACCUGCGAGUCCUCAGCCGGGUCAGCGUCUCAAAGCGCACCGCCUCGGCCACCGACGAGAUCGGCCGCGCCGAUGGUGCUGGUGGUGGACGACAACCUGGUCAACCUGGGCAUCCUGCAAAUGUACUGCAAGAAGCGCGGACUGCCUUUCCUCAGCGCGACCGACGGCAAGCAAGCCGUCGACGUCUUCUCAAAGCACAAAGCUUCGCCUGCAGCGAGCGACGCGCCUAUCGAGCUGGUUCUCAUGGAUCUGCAGAUGCCCGUCUGCGACGGCCUAGACGCCACAGCGCAGAUACGCGCUCUGGAGCAGGACAAUGCCUGGGCCGCGAGCGUCGUCCUCAUGAUCACGGGCCAGGACAGCCAGGCGGACCGGCAGGCGGCGAGCGCGGUUGGGGCGGAUGAUUACAUGGUCAAGCCUAUUGGCAUUGCGCGGCUGGACGCUAAAUUGAAACGGUAUUUUCCUCUAUUCAAGACUCAGUCUGCGAGGUAA